AUGGUCCAAGAAAAUAGGAGUGAGGGAUUCAGAAAAUACGGGAAAAUGGAUUCGGACACAAUUGAAGGGGUUUCUAUUUCAUAUCAAGAAAACGCUAAUCAGAAUAGCAGCAGCACGAAAUAUGUGAUGGCUUGUGCCAUCUUUGCAUCUCUCAAUUCUGUGCUUCUUGGCUAUGGUGGUAAAACAUCAGAUGCCAUUGGUAGAAAAUGGACAAUGGCUUUUGCAGCCAUUGUAUUUCAAACAGGUGCAGCUAUAAUGGCGCUUUCCCCUUCCUUUACAGUGUUAAUUGUGGGCAGGAUUUUUGCAGGAAUUGGGAUUGGUUUCGGAAUCAUGAUUGCACCGGUAUACAUUGCAGAGAUAUCACCUACAGUAUCAAGGGGAUCAUUGACAUCCUUUCCUGAGAUUUCCGUGAAUUUUGGAAUUCUUCUUGGUUAUGUCUCAAAUUAUGCCUUUUCGGGAUUACCUGCACAUAUAAGUUGGAGGAUUAUGCUUGCUGUAGGGAUUCUUCCAUCAGUUUUUAUUGGUUUUGCACUGUUCGUUAUUCCUGAAUCCCCGAGGUGGCUGGUAAUGCAAAAUCGGAUUGAGGAAGCAAGGAUGGUGCUAUUGAAAACCAAUGAAAAUGCAAGUGAAAUCGAGGAGAGGUUAGCAGAGAUACAACAGGCUGCAAGUUUUGUUAAUGCUGGGAAGUACGAAGAGAGAGCUGUAUGGCAUGAUUUAUUAAAUCCUUCACCUGGAGUUCAACGAAUGCUGAUUACAGGUUGUGGAAUCCAGAUUUUUCAACAGAUAACUGGGAUUGAUGCAACUGUAUACUAUAGCCCUACCAUAUUUAAAGAUGCUGGUAUUCAGGAUGAGGCUCAGCUUCUUGCAGCAACUGUUGCUGUUGGAUUUACGAAAACAAUUUUUAUUUUGAUUGCGAUAUUUCUUAUUGACAAAGCUGGCAGAAAACCACUACUUUAUGUGAGUACAAUUGGAAUGACUGCCUGUCUCUUCACUUUAGGCCUAACCCUUUCUACCCUUGGUGAUGGAAAACUCGGGAUUGGCAUGGCAAUCGUGUGUGUGUGCGGAAAUGUAGCUUUCUUCUCGGUGGGGAUAGGCCCUGUUUGCUGGGUUGUAUCAUCUGAAAUUUUCCCCCUAAAACUUCGAGCUCAAGCAUCAGCCAUCGGGGCUGUGGGGAGUAGGGUUAGUAGUGGCCUGGUUGCCAUGUCUUUCCUCUCUGUUUGUCGUGCAAUUACAGUAGGAGGAACAUUUUUUGUCUUUGCAGCAAUUUCAGCUCUUUCCGUUGCUUUUGUAUACAAGUGUGUUCCAGAAACGAAGGGGAAAUCAUUAGAGCAAAUUGAAAUGCUUUUCCAGAAUGACAGGGCAUGGGAAGGCAAUGAAGUGGAACUUGAAGAUAUGGAGCAUAAGCAUCUAAUGCAGAGCAGUGAGUCAUGA